AACAGUAACUAGUAAACAGCGACACACCGUUUAUCAAACACAGAACUGAAACAUGGAUGAAAGUUCGGGAGGAAUAUCGAUGAGAAAAAACUAUGAAAUCACAUAGACGUCGAUCAUCUCGUAACGACGACGACGGUUACGAGGCGGAUGAUGAAGAUUCCGAAUGUUCAAUAGUAUCCUCUUCACCGCAAGUUUCACCACCCCAUGAUACCUUCACUUUCUCUCAACCGGAAGUGCCUGUAAUACUUUUGCAAGCUGAUGGUCAACUUAUUUCAUCUGACCCUAAUAAUAACAAUAACAGAUCCAUCUUAGACCAGGGGCGUGGCAAAAAGCGAAAGCUUGAUGAAAAUGGAAUCGACACGCAUGCGCCCAAAAGGCAGAAAAGAUAUCAUGUGUAUGGGGGGCCUAUUAAGGGGGUAAAACGUACGUUUCAAGGUGAGUAUUCGGUGCAAGACUUUAAACGCAUGAAACUGUCACCGGAAGAGAACGUUGAGACAUGGUUACAGGACAAUAUGCAGUUUCUUUCCAACAGUUUGUCUGACACAGAGAUUGGAGGCGAUUUUAACACCACUUAUAGUGCUACCUCCCUUCUUGCGUCUGUGUCAAUGCCGACCUAUUUAGACAGGGAUUCGCCUUACAAAAAUACCAAAUUAGAAAACGAUGACAAAAAUAACAUAUCUGAAAAUGAGGCAACUCCCUGUCCAUCACGCUGCAAGUGCAGCGCCAUUGUGGAUACUUUUAUGCAAUAUCUACGAGAAGAGGCCAAGAUCAAGGUUUAUGAUACGCCGUAUGCCGUUUCCCGCGAAUGUGAUCAUCCAAACUGCGAGUUAGCCGUCCAUAGUUCUGCCUCCGCCCUUUCUUCUGUAUCAUUGCCGGCCGUAAACGUCAGAAGUACAGACCUGAGUGCACCUGUAAACGUAGUACCGGAGCCUGAGGCGAGCAUUUUUGUGAAAUAUCUACGAGAACAGGCCAAGUGCAAGGUUUUUGACGCCUAUACCCGCAAGUCUGAAAAUUUGGAAGAGUGGGUCUAUAUAUCAGUCGAGCCAGAACCAACAUACGAUAUUUUGCUAUGUUGAUUUUGUUCUUUGUAUACCCAGUAUCAUUUACGCCGUAUUUUCACUUUCCUUUUUUCUCUUUUUUUACUUUUUUUAACGUUUUCGUUCUCAAAUAUUUCGAUCUGAUGAUUUGAUGUUUGGUUUUAUAAAUCAGUUUUCAAAAUUUUCAAGUCUACCGUUUUCUAAAACUUGGACAUAUUGAUGUUAGCAUAUCCAGUCUGACGUUUUUUGACAUAUUUAUUGGAUUCAUCCUCUUUCAUCCCACCGUUUUCCACAAAAUUAAUUAAUUUUAACUACUGCAUUUCGAAUAAACCCAAAUUAGAUAUUUCGUACUAAUUUACUGUUAACAUUUACAACCUCAACUAUUUCGAUCUGGUAAUUUGAUUUCUGGUUAAAUUUCUUUUUCAAAAAAUUUAUGUCUACCGUUUAUUCGGUAUGAGUACCUAAUUUUCUAAAACUUGGACAAAUUAAUGUUUAAAUUUUCAAUCUAGCAUAUUUUGGUAUAUCAAUUAUUGAUCCAUCCUCUUAAUUUUUGUUCCACUGUUAUAUAAUCGAUCUGAUAAUUUGAUGUUUGGUUUUAUAUAUCAUUUUUCAAAAUUUUCAGUUCUACCGUUUUCUAAAAAUUGGACAUAUUGAUGUUAGGAUUUCCAGUCUGACAUUUUUUUACAUAUUUAUUGGAUUCAUUCUCUUUCAUCCACUGUUUUCCACAAAAUUAAUUAAUUUUAACCGCUGUAUUUCGAAUUAAUCCAAAUUAGAUAUUUCAUAUUAUUUUACUGUUAACGUUUACAAUCUCAACUAUUUCGAUCUGGUAAUUUGAUUUUUGGUUUAAUUUCAAUUUCAAAAUUGUAGGUCUACCGUUUACUCGGUAUGAGUACCUAAUUUUCUAAAACUUGGACAAAUUGUUUUUAAGAUUUUCAGUCUAACAUAUUUUGGUAUAUUAAUUAUUAGAUCCAUCCUAUUAAUUUUCGUUCCACAUAUAUAAUUCUAAUCCCUGUAUUUCGAAUUAACCCAAAUUAGAUAUUUCAUAUUAUUUUACUGUUAAUGUUUACAAUCUCAACUAUUUCGUUCUGAUUAUUUGAAUUUUGGUUUAAUUUCAUUUUCAAAAUUUUUUAGGUCUACCGUUUACUCGGUAUGAGUACCUAAUUAUCUUAAACUUGGACAAAUUUUAUUAAGAUUUUCAAUUUAGCAUAUUUUGGUAUAUCAAUUAUUCUAUCCAUCCUCUGAAUUUUCGUUCCACUGUUUUCCGCAUAGAUAGUUUUAACUACUGUAUUUCGAAUUAACCUAAAUUAGAUAUUUCGUAUUAUUUUACUGUUAACGUUUACAAUCUCAACUAAUUCGUUCUGAUUAAUUGAAUUUUAGUUUAAUUUCAUUUUCAAAAUUUUUAGGUCUACCGUUUAUUCGGUAUGAGUAUUUGAUUUUCUUAAACUUGGACAAAUUGUUAGUAUUUCCAUUCUAAAAUAUUUUAGUAUAGUUUUUGAAUUCGUCUUCUUAAUUUUCGUUCCACUGUUUUCCGCAUAAAUAGUUUUAAUUACUGUAUUUCGAAUUAAAUUUUCAUUCCACUUUUUUCACAAUGACGAUUUUAAACACCGUAUUAUUUGAUUCUGUUACGUAGUAAUUAGAUUGUUCUUUUUAUUUAAUCAUGAGAACCUUUCAUUUGACCGUAUAUUAAUAUGAUAAUUCGGAUUUUUCUUUCCCUCAAAAUUUUCUUUCGUACGUAACUGCAUGUAAUAAUUUGAUUCUUAUUUUGAUUUUACACUCCUCCCCCACCC